AUUUAAUAAGUAUUUACAGGAUUUAGAAUAUUAUGUGGUGUAUAUUUUCCCUUCAUUUGUGAUAAUUUAACAAUGUAAUGGCUACUAGUAGAUUUGGUGUGAUUUUCAAAACAUUGCCUGUUUUGAGCCCCAAAAAUGUCAAUUUCUCCGUCUUCAGGUACACUCCAAACAGUAAGGAGAAGCCGAGGAUGCAAACCUACACCGUCGACACUAACGAGUGUGGGCCCAUGAUCCUCGACGCUCUAAUAAAGAUAAAAAACGAGAUGGAUAGUACACUCACAUUCCGCAGAAGCUGUCGAGAAGGCAUUUGCGGCAGCUGUGCAAUGAACAUUAAUGGAGAAAACGGCCUGGCCUGCCUCAUGGAUAUAGAAAAACAGGCCUCUAUGGGUACUGUGGAAAUCCAGCCACUCCCAGGGAUGUACGUUCUCAAGGAUCUGGUUCCGGAUCUGACCAACUUCUAUGAACAGUACAGGAGCGUUGAGCCCUGGUUGAAGAGGAAGACUCCAAAGGAGGGAGAUAAGGAGUAUUACCAGUCCAGAGAGGACAGACAGAAGCUUGACGGGCUUUACGAGUGUAUUCUCUGUGCUUGCUGUUCUACAUCCUGUCCAUCGUACUGGUGGAACCCUGAACAUUACUUGGGACCAGCUGCUCUAAUGCAGGCUUACAGAUGGAUUGCCGAUAGCAGGGACGAGUAUACAACUGAACGUUUAGUUGAAGUGAAUGAUACCAUGAAGCUUUAUAGAUGCCAUGGUAUCCUCAACUGCACUAAAGUCUGUCCCAAAGGACUUGACCCUGCCGGAUCAAUAUCCAAACUAAAGAAGCUGGUUGAGGAAAACGUUUCUGACGAUUGGGAAGAUAUUGCCCUCGAUGAAUAUAAAGAGCGUAACAGAAAAGCAGUAGUACAAAACUUGUAAAUUUUAAUUAUUAAACUAAUUUAAUGUUCUAAUCUCAUUCUUAAACUACAUAAA